AUGGCAGAAAUAAAUCUGCGUAAGUUUCAUGCAUCGGCUAUUGCCCGUGCACUGGAGCAAGUGCGGAAAGCGCGCACCGGCGAAUUAGAUGCAUCUAAGGCUGAGCAGCUGCUGAAGUCCGCGAACUCCCAUUACGAGCGCAUGCUUGCAAACCACGAAGCGCUCCUUAGCGCCGCCAAGGAAGAGGAGUGGGAUGUGCAUGCCGCAUGGUGGGAUUCGACGGAGGACAUGUACAACGAAUUAUGUGCCAGUCUUAUGCGUUGGGGUGUGAUUGGUGGUGAUUCGUCCGAGGUUCCCAGCAAACCCGAUGUCGAUUCAAUGAUGGAAUUAAAGCUGGAGCGAUUAAAUAUUCCGACCUUUGACGGCGCAUUACAUAAUUGGUUGGCAUUUAAGGAUGCGUUCGAGACUUUAGUGCACAACCGAGAUUUACCCAUCGCAUACAAGCUCGGUAAAUUGCGGCAAGCUGUUCCAUCCUCAGCGGUGCCGUUAGUUGGUGGUCUCUACUCUGGCGGUUACGAGGAACUGUGGGCAGCUUUGAAGAGGCGGUAUGACAACCCCAAGCAGUUGGCAGAAAUUCAUGUGGCGCGUUUCCUUCACCUUUCAUUGGCAGCAGAUGAAUCGGCGAAGUCUUUGCUGAAUAUAGUGGAUGUGGUUAGCGGUUCUUUGCGCGCGUUAGCCGUUAUGAAGUUGCCAGUUCAACAGUGGGAUGCACUUACGGUACCUAUUGUGGUAUCAAAGCUACCUCCGUUAACAAAGCGCGAGUGGUGCAUGCACUGUUCCCCAACGGAAUUGUCUAGUUUGUCGGAUCUAAUGAAAUUCUUGGAGCAAAGAGCACAGAGUCUGUCGACCGAGCUUGUUGUCGUCAGCCACAGCGGUCACCAACCGCGCGCACUGUGA